UCAGAAACUCUCUCUCUCUCUCUCUCGCAGUGUGUGCAGGAAAAUGGCAGAGGCCAGUAUUUCAGUAGAUCAGGAUCAGUUCAUCUGUCCAGUGUGUCUGGAUCUCCUGAGCGAUCCUGUGACUACUCCUUGUGGACAUUGUUUCUGUAAGGUGUGUAUUAAUGGCUGCUGGGAUCAGGAGGAUGUGAAGGGCGUCUACAGCUGCCCCCAGUGUAGAGAGACUUUCACUCCAAGGCCUGUUCUACGCAGGAACAACAUGCUGGCUGAAGUGGUGGAGAAACUGAAGAAGACUGAACACCAAGCUGCUUCUCCUGCUCACUGUUACGCUGGACCUGGAGAUGUGAAGUGUGAUUUCUGCACCGGGAGAAAACACAAAGCUGUUAAGACCUGUCUGGUGUGUCAGGCCUCCUACUGUGAAGAUCAUCUUAAACCUCACUAUCAGUCUCCUGCCUUUAAGAAGCACAAGUUGGUUGAAGCCUGUGCAGAGCUCCAAGAGAAGAUCUGCUCUGAGCAUAACAAACUGAUUGAGAUCUACUGUCGUACUGACCAAAGCUUCAUCUGUUACUUGUGUACGAUGGACAAACACAAAGGUCACAAUACGCUUUCAACUAAAGCAGAAAGAACUGAAAAACAGAAUGAGCUAAAAGAGGAGCAGAUGAAAUCCCAGCAGAGGAUCCAGGAGAAGCAGAAGAAGGUGCAGGAGCUGAAACAGGCCUUGGACACUAUUAAGAAGCGUUCACAGGCAGCAGUAGAUGACAGUGAGAAGAUCUUUACUGAGCUGAUCAGCUCCAUGGAGAGAAAGCGCUCGGAGGUGAAGAAGCUGAUCAGAGCUCAGGAGGAAGCUGAACUGAGUCGAGCUGAACGACUCCUGAAGCAACUGGAGCAGGAGAUUGCUGAUCAUAAGAGGAGAGUCACUGAGCUGGAGCAGCUUUCACACACACACGAUCACAUCCACUUCCUCCAGAGUUUCCCGUCUCUCUGUGUUUCUCCUGGAUGUGUGGAGACAUCGAACUUCACUGUCAAUCAACAUCUCUCAUUUGAUGGAGUGAGGAAAUCUCUCUCAGAUCUGAAAACACAACUUGAGGAAAUCUGUGAGGAGGAAUUCCACAAAAUUCAUCCGCAAGCUGCAGCAGUUCGGGUGAUUUUACCCUCAGAACUGAAAAGCAGAGAAGAUUUUCUGCAGUAUUUCUGUUAUCUGACUCUGAAUCCCAACACAGCAAAUCGUCAGCUCAGUCUGUCUGAGCAGAACAGACUGGUGACACGCAGUAGGACACAACAGCAAUACUGUGAUCAUCCAGAGAGAUUUGACUCCUGGACUCAGGUGUUGUGUAAGGAGAGUGUGUGUGGACGCUGUUACUGGGAGGUGGAGUGGAGCAGUGAUGUGGACAUAUCAGUCUCAUAUAAAGAGAUCAGCAGGAAAGGAGGCGGUAAUAACUGUGUGUUUGGAUGCAACAGUCAAUCCUGGAGUCUGCGAUGUUCUUCUUCCUCUGUCUCUUUCCGGCACAACGACAUUAAGACUGAGCUCCGAGGUCCAGCGUCCUCCAGAAUAGGAGUGUAUGUGGAUCACAGUGCAGGAACUCUGUCCUUCUACAGCGUCUCUGACACGAUGAGGCUCCUCCACACAGUCCACACCACAUUCACUCAGCCUCUGUACCCCGGGUUCUGGCUCCUUAAUUUUAACUCAACUGUGAAGUUAUUUAAUCCAAAACUCUCUCACUCACACACACACACUCUCUCUCACACACACAGACACAGAGUGUGUGCAUGCAGGAAAAUGGCAGAAGCCAGUAUUUCAGUAGAUCAGUUGUCAGUGGAUCAGUUCAGCUGUCCAGUGUGUCUGGAUCUCCUGAAGCAUCCUGUAACUACUCCCUGUGGCCACAGUUUCUGUAAGGUGUGUAUUAAUCACUUCUGGGAUGAGGAAGAUCAGAAGAGGGUCUACAGCUGCCCCCAGUGUAGAGAGACUUUCACUCCAAGGCCUGUUCUACGCAGGAACAACAUGCUGGCUGAAGUGGUGGAGAAACUGAAGAAGACUGAACACCAAGCUGCUUCUCCUGCUCACUGGUACACUGGACCUGGAGAUGUGGAGUGUGAUUUCUGCACUGGGAGAAAACGCAAAGCUCUCAAGACCUGUCUGGUGUGUCUGGCCUCCUACUGUGAAGAUCAUCUUCAACCUCACUAUCAGUCUCCUGCCUUUAAGAAGCACAAGUUGGUUGAAGCCUGUGCAGAGCUCCAAGAGAAGAUCUGCUCUGAGCACGACAAACUGAUGGAGAUCUACUGUCGUACUGACCAAAGCUUCAUCUGCUAUCUGUGUACGAUGGAUCAACACAAAGGCCAUGAUACGGUUUCAACUAAAGCCGAAAGAACUGAAAAACAGAAUGAGGUAAAAGAGGAGCAGAUGAAAUCCCAGCAGAGGAUCCAGGAGAAGCAGAAGAAGGUGCAGGAGCUGAAACACGCUGUAGACACUAUUAAGAAGCGUUCACAGGCAGCAGUAGAUGACAGUGAGAGGAUCUUUACUGAGCUGAUCAGCUCCAUGGAGAAAAAGCGCUCGGAGGUGAAGAAGCUGAUCAGAGCUCAGGAGGAAGCUGAACUGAGUCGAGCUGAACGACUCCUGAAGCAACUGGAGCAGGAGAUUGCUGAUCAUAAGAGGAGAGUCACUGAGCUGGAGCAGCUUUCACACACACACGAUCACAUCCACUUCCUCCAGAGUUUCCCGUCUCUCUGUGUUCCUCCUGGAUGUGAGGUCUCACCCAGCAUCACUGUCAAUCAACAUCUCUCAUUUGAUGGAGUGAGGAAAUCUCUCUCAGAUCUGAAAAAACAAUUUGAGGAAAUCUGUGAGAAGGAAUUUAACAAAAUUCAUCAGCAAGCUGCAGCAGUUCAGAUGAUUUCACCCUCAGAACCAAAGAGCAGAGAAGAUUUUCUGCAGUAUUUCUGUUAUCUGACUCUGGAUCCCAAUACAGCACAUCGUCAACUCAUUCUCUCUGAGGAGAACAAAGCGGUGACGCUUAGUAGUACACGACAACAAUACUCUGAUCAUCCAGAGAGAUUUGAAUACAGGCCUCAGGUGUUGAGUAAGGAGAGUGUGUGUGGACGCUGUUACUGGGAGGUGGAGUGGAGUGGGGCUGUUGGUGUGACCAUAUCAGUCUCAUAUAAAGAGAUCAGCAGGAAAGGACAGCGUUAUGAGUGUGAAUUUGGACUCAAUAGUCUGUCCUGGAGUCUGGGGUGUUUUUUUCAUUCUUUUUUUUUCCAGCACAAUGAAACUAAAACUGAGCUCCGAGGUCCAGCAUCCUCCAGAAUAGGAGUGUAUGUGGAUCACAGUGCAGGAACUCUGUCUUUCUACAACAUCUCUGACACGAUGAGGCUCCUCCACAGAGUCCACACCACAUUCACUCAGCCUCUAUACGCUGGGUUCAGGAUAGUUCAUUAUGACUCGAUUAUAAGGUUAUGUGAUCCAAAAUGAAAUGUUAGCAAAAAUGUUCAGUGAAAUUGCUUGUGUUGCUAGAUCUUUGUGCAGGUUUUAAUACCAUAGAUCAUAGUAUUUAUCUGGACACUUUUAUAAAAUGUUGGAGAUAUGGGAACAGCUCCUUCCUGGAUCAUGUCUUGUAAAACUGAUCGUUAUCACUUUGUUAAUGUAAAUGUUGACUUCUCUAUGUAUGCAAAUAUACUAUAUACACUAUGUGGUCAAAAGUAUGCAGACACCUGACCAUCAUACUCGUAUGUGCUUGUUGAAUAUCAGAGUGCUGCUAUAACAGCCUCCACUCUUCUGGCAAGAAAUUUGGAACAUGGCUGUGGGAAUUUAAACCACAGGAGCAUUAGUGAGGUCAGGCCCUGAUGUUGGUCAAGAAAGCCUGGUACAUUGUUGGCAUUCCAGUUCAUCCCAAAGGUGUUCAGUGGGGUUGAGAACCUAGCUGCUUUGUGCAGGACACUCGAGGUCAUCUGCACGAACCUUGGCAGACCAUGUCUUGAUUGAACUCUCUCGAAGGGGAAAUCGUAACGUUCCAGGGUACAAAGACAUUCUAUACUAUUGUGGACUUCCUAAUUUGUGGGAACAGUUUGGGGAGGAACCAAAUAUGGGUGUGAU